AUGAAAUUUGGAAGACAUAGGUCAUCUCAUUUUAAUCCAAUACUUAUUCUUCCAAUUUUCAGUAUUGCUCUUCUAGCUUACACCAUUUUCAGAAUUUCGUUUAACUACGUUCAAGAAAAUCGACAAUCCUUAAAUCUUCUUUGCAUGGAUAACCCGAUUAAGAGCAAACUGAGUUCAAAAACAGAUAUAGUAUUUAUGCACUUUAAAAGUAUUACGCCAUUUAAUAUAAUCGCAAUCAAAUCACUUAAAUCAACUGGUUGUCAAGCAUCAAUUGUAGUUUUUCUUAAUCCUGCAAAUGUUAAACACAAUUCAGAUUACAAUGAAAUGCGUAAAUUCGAUGUAGAAAUAGUUGAAGAUAUUAAUUAUUCAUAUCCAAUAGAAAAUCACGAAAAAAUAUAUCUAGAAAAGCAUCCUCAUACAACAAGAGUUCUUCACGUAUCUGAUACAACGAUAUUUUUCCAAAAAGAUCCUUUUUCGGAUAUUCCUUCAGAUAAAAUAUCAUUUGUAGUAGAACCAAGAUCAAUUAAAAGUGUCCAAGAUGAAUACUAUACCCUACAAUCAUGUUUUGGCGAAUUAACUAAACCAAUUAAAGAUAAUUUUAUGAUUUCAAAUUCUCUAUUCUUCGGCAAUGCUGCACAGUAUUUAGAUGUUUUAAAUAUUACAUUAAGUAGUAUAGAACGCUUAAAUUGUCAUACAGAAAAUAAUUUUAAAUUCCAUCUCAAUUAUUUACUCUGGACAGAAGCUUUUAAGGUGAAAAACAUCAAUUACACAUUUAUCGGAUGCGAAGGCGGCUUUACAAAUAUUCAUUGGUGUCUAACCGAUCAAAAAGUUGAUAUUAAUGACAAAGGACAAGUUCUGACUUCAUCAGGAUUCGUUCCUUCAGGUGUUCAACAGUUUAAUGAAAUCAGACUUCUUUCGGAUUAUUUAUUUGCGGCAUGUAAGAUUCAAAAGCCAGGAAAGAAGCAUAAAAAGCAACCAAAAGUUGAACAAAAAUAA